AAACACCAAAGUGUGAAGAGCAACCUUGCGCCUCCGGUUCAUCGAAGUCGUGUGGUGGUGGCUCGCCCGCGUUCCGUACUUCGCGCCGCCAUGGGAACGACGGACGCCGAAGAGUUCCCGCACUUGACCCAGAAGCGGAAGCGCGAUCGCUCUCUCGUCUUCAAGCGCUCCGGUUCCGAUCACCGGAAGUGGAAGCGCGAACAAGACUCCCGUCUUCCGGCUGCCGGCAGCCGCGAGGACCCGCCUCGCAGAGCCAAGCGGAGGAGAACCGGAAGAGGAAGAGGCCGAGACGUUUAUGGGAGUCGCCAAUGGGUCUUCUCUCCUCGCGAUCUUUCUGCCUUUAGGGAUAGGUUCAUAAUCGUCUCAUAUAACAUAUUGGGUGUUGAAAAUGCUUCAAAACAUCCAGAUUUGUAUGACAGAAUCGAUCCACAACAUCUAAAUUGGGACACACGGAAGAAGCAGAUACACAAGGAGUUAACUUGCUAUAAUCCAAGCAUUUUGUGCUUCCAGGAAGUUGACAGAUUUAAUGAUUUGGCCUAUCUUCUUCAAAAAGAUGGUUUUGUUGGUGUUUAUAAGGGACGCACAGGAGAAGCAAGUGAUGGAUGUGCUAUAUUCUGGAAAGAGGAAGAAUUUACUCUUUUACAUCAAGAAGAUAUAGAAUUUCGAAAGUUUGGUCUUCGAGACAAUGUUGCGCAACUUUGCCUUUUUAAGGUGUCUCAUAACAAUUCAAAUAUGUCGAAAAAUAAAGAUGCGAGUUGUCAGAUAGCUGAGCCUAGGUCCUGUCGGACUUUACUUGUUGUCAACAUCCAUGUGUUGUUCAACCCAAAUCGUGGAGAUAUCAAGUUGGGGCAGAUCCGCGUGUUACUAGAGAGAGCAAAUAAAUUAUCACAAGAGUAUGGCAAGACUCCUGUUGUGAUUUCUGGUGAUUUAAAUAGCAUGCCUCAGAGUGCAAUUUACCAGUUUUUUACUUCAUCUGAGAUAGAUAUUCUCGCUUAUGAUCGCAAGAAAAUUUCUGGUCAGAUAGAAUUUCCACUAAGACAGAUGCCCGUUAUUGCUCAGAAUGAUGCCUUGAGGACACCAAAGUGCAUCUCAUAUGGGAUGAAAUAUAAAUGGAGUGAAGAAGAGAUACGUCUUGCAGCUGGAAGCAGAGGCUACACCCAUCUUCAGAACCCUCUAAAACUCUGCAGUGCAUAUCAAGGAAUUCCUGGACAUGAUAAUACCAGAGACGAUAAUGGGGAGCCGUUGGCAACUUCCUAUCAUUCCAAGUUUAUGGGAACUGUUGACUAUAUCUGGCAUUCUUCUGCACUUGUUCCUGUGGCGGUUGUUGAAACCUUGCCAAUCAAUGUUUUAAAAAGAUUGGGAGGUCUACCUAGUGAGUGUUAUGAUCCUGCAGAAAAGGGGCACAGAAGGGCUAGAGUAAUUGUACUAAAUGCAUUGAGAGGGUUGAUGUUGGGGUUUUUCAUUGAUAUGAGAUGGGGCAGUGAUCAUCUUGCUUUGGUUUGCAAAUUUGCAUUUGUUGAUGAUGCCAACUGCAGUGAUACUCUACAUGAUCUGUAACAAGCAUAAACAGGCUUAUUGUGAAAGAGCAUCAGGAGAUUCAUGCCAUCAAGCUCUAUGGGAAGUCCAACUUGCAACAUCAUUGACGAACAUCAGUUACCCGGACUGAGUCGUCCGGACAAAGUCCGCGAGCUCAACCCAGAGUGGAGGUUUUUAAUGGACAGUCUGGCUCAAACCCUACACUCCAAACCUGGAAUCCUCAACGGUGCUGGAACUGGGAAACCUCGCGGAUAUUCCAUUUGAAGAAGCCCACCUCAUGUUCCUAUUUCAUUAGCAAAAAUACCAUAUGUGAAAAUUGCAUGAAAUCUGAAAUUUUUUGCCAUUUCCCUGCCGUAUGCCAUUUUGAUGGCCUGCUGAAAAGUGAGUUUGUCAUCAUUACUCUGGUCAUAGUAUGUCACAGUUUCUAAUGAUGAUUCUUAGGUUGGAUUCCUAGAUUGAAAUUUAUGGUAUCACGUUCUUGAGUGAAUUGGAGAUUUGAGAAGUAUAUUAUGCUGC